AUGGCCUACUCCAAUUCCAGCAAGCCAUUAACAACUUCAAACGAAACCCCAAAAGAUUAUGAAGUUCCUCAAUCACCUCCAGAUGGAAUAUCAUCGGUUACAUUUUCUCCACAGGCGGAUUAUUUUGCAGUUACUUCUUGGGAUAAUCAUGUUCGAAUAUAUGAAGCAAAUCAACAAGCUGGUACUACUGAAGGAAAAGCUUAUCAUUUACAUGAGAAACCAGUACUCUGUUCGGCCUGGAGUAAUGAUGGUACGAAGGUAUUUUCAGGUGGUGCAGAUUGUGCAGGACGUAUGUUUGAUAUCACCACCCAAACUGCAACUCAAAUAGCUCAACAUGUGCAACCAAUACGAUGUAUCGAAUGCGUCGAUGCAAACAAUAUCGUAGUAACUGGAGGUUGGGAUAAAACACUCAAGUAUUGGGAUUUAAGAUCUCCACAACCUGUUUUGAAUGUUAAUCUACCCGAAAGAGUUUAUGCAAUGGAUUUACAUUACCCACAUCUUGUGGUAGGAACAGCUGAUAGAAAUGUUAUAUAUUACAAUCUUACCAACCCAAGUCAACCAGUAAAACAAGACUUUAGUACAUUGAAAUGGCAAACACGUUGUGUUGCAUGUUAUCCAGCAGGUAAUGGUUACGCAAUAGGAAGCAUUGAGGGAAGAGUAGGCAUACAAUAUUUCGAUGAGAAAGAUCAACGACAAGGAUUUUCAUUCAAGUGCCAUAGAGAUGGAAAUAAUAUUUAUGCAGUGAAUGCGAUAUCUUUCCACCCAUUAUAUGGUACAUUUUCAACAUCGGGAAGUGAUGGCUCGUUUAGUUUUUGGGAUAAAGAAUCUAAACAACGAAUCAAGGGUUUUAAUACGGUUGGUGCACCUAUUAUUGCCACUGAUUUCAAUAGAAAUGGUACAUUGUUUGCUUAUGCUGUAAGCUAUGAUUGGAGUAAGGGAUAUCUUCAAUACCCGCAAUUACCUACAAAGAAUGCAAUUUUCUUACGUGCAAUAUCUGAUGAUGAUGUCAAACCUAAAAAAUCAACAAAAAGUCCAAUAAAGAAUGUUGAAACAAAUAACAGCGAUCUCAGAAUAAUCAAAGGAGUUAAUUAUCAGGACGGAACAAUUUUAUUAAGAUUAUUGAAUCCAUUAAAUUAUUGUAAUGAGAACACAAUCUAUUUACGAUUAGUGCACACAAAUGGAACGGUUUCAACUUUAAAUUUGAACAAUUUAAAUAUUCCAAAGGAUAAUUUCUGUGAUCAACCUACUUUUGUUGCUUAUCAUAAACUUGCUGAUAAUAAUAAUAAUGAUCAUACGUCUACCGCAAAAUCAACUUGUUCUAAAAAUAAUCCACAAUGUUCAACUUUGCCAGCAACAGUAGAACCUCAAACUACUGCGACAACUGCAAUCCCUACCACAACCAAUGCAGCUAAUGCACCAACUACUACUAAUAACAAUCCAAAUAAUCCUACGACAUCACAAACUCCAAAUCCAACGAAUAACAAUACAAUAACAACAUCUCCGGAUGGUAGCGUUGAUCGUAUAACAAUACACGCGAUAUCUUUUAAAUAUAUUUUAAUAAACUAUUUUUGUGAUCGUUCAGUGUCUAAUAAAGUUUGUGGUGAUGUCGUCACCUGGACAGGUGAAUUAGUCAGUAAAAUCGAAUUUGAGAAUGUAUGCGAUGAUAGUAGGAUUGUACAAAGUCAUAAAAAAAAUGAUGGAUUUUUACGCGCGUGUUAUCUUAAAGACACUAAAGAAAUUGUUUGGACAAAAUAUACUGCACCGAAUGUUCCUACUGGUACAAUAUUCCAAGUUUCUACUGGAAAAAUAACAAAUGUGAUCAACUUUAACUCAAAUGUUACAAAUUUCUUUUCAACGGAAGAUGGAGAAUAUGCAAUGGUUACUUGUACCUCUAAAACAACUACCAUUACCAACAAUCAAUUUACCGAUGACUGGUCAAUUUCUGUAACAUUUUUACCCAAAGACAAUGGUUCACCACUAACAGGUCCUUUUGAAUUAUACAAAAGUAAAACUACUGGUAGUGGUUUAGUUGACAUAGUGAACAUUCGUAGAUGUGAUCUUGCCUAUGACUCAUCAGGUUACAGUUGUCUGAUUUCUAUUUUCAGAUCAACAACAACAAAAACAUCGUUUAUAGAUGUUGAUUUCUUAUCAUCUGGUAUAGUAAAUUCGGUGACUCCGGAAUUUUCAAUUACUCAAAUUACCACAGCCACAAUAUGGGAUGUUCAAACAUUGUAUUAUGGUGGAUAUGUUAUUUUGGUGGAAACUCCAGCCGGCAGUGUUGAAGGACAUGUUUGUAGUAACAAUGGUACUUAUUUUGGAAAUUGGGGUUUCACAAACCAAUAUGAAUACACAAAUAAAAUUGCUGGAGUUCUUCCAAACAAUACACUUUGGACAAUACCUAAACAACAACUUGAUGAUAAUCAUUCUUGGACCUGUGUAUUAACUGAUACUUUAACCACAUACAGUACAGUUCAGAAUACUAAUAGUAAUGUUAAUACAUUCCCUGGUGGCCCUGGUGGAUAUGGGUCUGACAGUAUAUUAUCAACAACUCCAGAAAAAAAUUCAAAUAUCAUAUCAGCAGAUAUCAAUUUAAUCACAAUAACGUAUACUAAAUCAAUUAAAGCAUCAUCAGGAAAGAUUAGUAUUUAUCAAAAACGUUCUAGCACAAGCCCUAAUAUUGAUGAUGAUGAUAAAGAUAUAUUGCGUCAAUCAUGUUUUGCGCAAUCAGACUAUGUUCAAAUUUCGAAUGAAACCACUGCUCAAGUCAAAGUUUUAAAAAGUACCUUUAAUAACCCUGGAAACGAAUAUUAUGUGACUGUUGAAGAUGAUUUUGUUAAAAGUGCGACUACUGAUCAAAAUAUUAUUGGUAUAAAUUCAAAAGCAUGGAAUUUUAGUACAGUCUUAGUUAAGGAUGAAUCAUACGUUAAUUACGAUUCAGAUUCUGUUAGUUGUAUAAUCCGAUUAACACCAGAAGGCACAACAUAUUACACAUCAUUAUCAACUGAUGAUCAAACAGAUUUCGUUGGUAAAAUGUCAAAUGAAUUAUCCAAUGCUCUCCCAUGUGAUGUGACACGUGUAACAACGUUGACAAAAUAUCAAUAUAGCCUUCAUAAUAACAAUAUCAAUAGUGACAAUCUUAGUCAAAAAGUAUUUAAAAAUGUCGGAAUGAACAUUACAGCUAGUUCAACUGAUCAAAUAUUUAUGAGAGUUGAAAUCGAGGGCACAUUGUCAAGAACAGAGUUGAGUGCAGUACAACUAGCAAGUGAUUUGAAUGAAUUGAUAUUGAAUAAAGACGUCACAUUAUUAUCUAAAGGAUUAUACACCAAUUUGAUUGAUUCAGGUUAUGGAGCUGAACGUUUAGAUCAUUUCAAAGAGAAAUUUAGAUGGAUAUUCAUGAUUAUAUUUAUUGGAUUUUUAUUACUAAUGCUUAUUAUUUUAUGGAUAUUAAUAAGAAUGCAUAAAUACAAAGCGGCGCAAAGAUUUUUGGCAGCUGUUAUGUUUACGUUCAUCAUAUCAGAUUUCUGUCUGAAUAUUGUUUUUAUAUCUAUACACGGAAAAGAUUUCAAAUGGUUAUACCCUCUAAGCAUCACAUUUGUAGUAGUACCAAUUGGUUUCAAUAUGUUGUUCACAUAUUUGAUAAUUACUUGUGAUUCAUCAAUCUCAACAUUGAAAUGGAUUGAAAAAAACAUUCUGAUAAAAGCUAUUUUUUUCGUUUUAUCAUCAAUUGAUUUGGAUUUAUCAUUUAUAUUGGCUCCGGUGUUUGGUUUGAUAGUUGAAGAUAUUGUUCAAUUAAUUAUUUUUGUAAAUAUUGUAUCAAGAAUUUUCGAUCAUUCCAGCAAUAAUACCCAUGUUAAUGUUAAGUAUAUGUACAACAGUAUUGAUCUUGAAAUUGAUAGUUAUUAUGCUUGGAGUAUAUUUGAAUUUGUUUUGCGAAUUUUAGGAAAUAUGGUCGGUACUGGUGGUAGUGAUCGUGAUGAGUAUGAUGAUAGAAAAUCAAUUAUUGACAGCAGUAGUAGUAAAUAUAUGAAAGGGAAAAAUGUUGGCAGUGAUAUUAGUGGUGUUAACAAUACCAAUAAAAAAAAGAAAAGCUUUAAUAUUAGUAGAAAUAAUAGUAUUAAAGAAAUAGCAGAUGAUGAUACAAAUAGUACUACAAGUAAUAAUAGUAACGAUUGUUAUAAUAGCAUUAGUAGUGUUGAUAAAAAGAAAAAGAGGAGGAAUAGAGGUAGUAAAGAGGGUGAAGAAAAAUACGUGUCGUUGUUUGAUGAUGAUUAUAAAAAACCCUCUAGAGCAAGAUCUAUUAAAGAGAAGAAUAAUACGACUAAGGCAGAUCUUGAUGUAGUAGAUGUUGCUAAAGAUCCAUUUAAUGAAACAGAAUCGAUGACCACAGCAGUAAAUAACAUUAAUACUAAUAAUAACGAAAGCAAAAAAGAGAAAGUUGAUGAUAAAUCGGAAUCUCUUGAAAUUUCGAAUUCAACGUUAAUAGAAGUUUCUAAUGCUACAACAAUUGCUUCAAAUAUUACAACAGAUAUUAAAACUGCAACCACAAAAGCUAGUAGUGCUAAUAAAAAAAAAGAUAGCGUUUAUGAAGCAAUAAAGAAUUUUGAAGAAACCUUGACUUUCGAUAAUUUAACUGCUAGUAAUGGCAGUAACGAUAAUAAAAAUAACAUUGACACUGCUGCCAAUAUUGACAGUACUGCCACAGCUAGUAGUAAUAUUGGUAAAGAUGAAAAGUCAACAUUGUCGCCUUUACCAAAAACGUUGUCAUCGAAAGCAAAUAGUUAUGAAUCUAUAAUCAGCAAUUAUGCAAAAGGUGAAAUCGAAAAUGUUCAAAACGUUAGUAGUAAAAAUGAAGUGGUUGUUGUUGAUGAGAUCAGUGAUUAUGGAGAAUUGAAUAAGACUCCAACAAUAGUUAUAAAUAAUAAUGAAAUAUCUCUAGGAGAAACUGCAGCGAUUUAUAACAAAGACACCAGUGGAAUAUUAGCAUCUGAUGAAGUCGGUACAUCAUUAACAGAAAUUGUUGAACCUUCAUCACUAUCACCUUUAUCAUCCACAUUUGCAUCUGAUAUAUCGUCACACGACAUUAAUUUACCACCAUCAUGUGACACGGGUGCAUCAGCACAUAAUAAGGAUAUUAACAAAGCUAUUUUAAGUAAAGAAGCUAUUUUGGUUGAAAAGCCAAACAAUUUAGCAGAUGGCUUGGGAGUUUCAGGUAGAACAUUGGAAUUUUCUGCUGAAAUGGCUCAAAUAAUUUAA